AUGACAAAUUUGGUUUCUAGUUCCACAUUUCUUGUUCUGUUUCUUGCAUUCAGUUUUGCAUAUGGUGACCCGUUCCUCGGCGUGAACUAUGGACAACUCGCCGACAACCUUCCACCACCGUCAGCCACCGCGAAACUACUCCAAACCACCGCAUUUGAAAAAGUCCGAUUAUACGGAACCGAUCCCGCCAUAAUCAAAGCUCUAGCCAACACCGGAAUCGGAAUAGUAAUCGGAGCUGCAAACGGCGACAUUCCGGCACUUAGUUCCGAUCCUUCUUUCGCCAAAACCUGGAUAAACACCAACGUGAUUCCAUAUUAUCCCGCUAGCAACAUCAUCCUCAUAACCGUUGGUAACGAAGUGAUAGACUCAAACGAUACCAACCUUGUGAACCAGAUGUUGCCGGCGAUACAGAACAUGCAAGGCGCACUUGAGGCGGUUUCUCUCGGUGGCAAAAUUAAGGUUUCUACGGUGCAUACUAUGGCGGUUUUGAAGAACUCUGAGCCUCCGUCCGCCGGAAGUUUUCAUCCGGAAUAUAGUACCGUUUUGCAGGGUUUGUUGUCGUUUAACAAAGAUACUGGUUCUCCUUUUGCUAUUAACCCUUACCCUUAUUUUGCUUACAAAAGUGACCCUGGAAGAGCAGAUAAUUUGGCUUUUUGCCUUUUUCAGCCCAACUCGGGCCGAGUUGACUCAAACACUAAGCUUAAUUACAUGAAUAUGUUUGACGCUCAGGUGGAUGCCGUUCGAUCUGCUUUAGAUGCUAUGGGUUUUAAGGAAGUUGAGAUUGUAGUUGCGGAAACAGGGUGGCCAUACAAAGGGGAUCCGGACGAGGCUGGACCGAGUAUUGAGAAUGCAAAAGCGUACAAUGGUAAUCUCAUUACUCACCUGAGGUCCAAGGUUGGGACACCAUUGAUGCCGGGGAAAUCAGUUGACACAUACAUAUUUGCCUUGUAUGACGAGGACUUGAAACCUGGCGCUGCUUCUGAGAGAGCCUUUGGGCUUUACAACCCUGAUCAAUCGAUGAUCUAUGACGCCGGCCUCUCUAAGCAGCAGAGUACUACUCCUACUAGCAGCCCCGUGGCCGCACCGAUUAAUCCGGAUGUGUCAAAAUCUCCUUUGAAUUCGACGCCAAAAGUUUCAAGUCCAACAUUACCAAGUCCAACAUUACCGUAUAAUAGUAACAUAGCAUGGUGUGUGCCAAAACCAGGAUUAACUGAUGUGCAGCUACAAGCAAACUUGGAUUAUGCUUGUGGGCAGGGGAUUGAUUGCAGCUCAAUCCAACCAGGAGGAGCUUGUUUCGAACCUAACACAUUAGUGAACCAUGCUGCAUAUGCCAUGAAUCUCUUUUAUCACACUGGGCAAAAUCCAUUAACUUGUGAUUUCUCCGAGACAGCCACACUAACAUCAACUAACCCAAGUUAUAGUAGUUGUGUUUAUGCUGGAGGGAAUGCAUAA